CUUCCUUAAGCCUGUGCAGGGUCUCCUCAGGCAGUGAGUCCUUCUCCAACACAUCUAUCUGGGGCUGUAGAUACUGAAGUAUCCAAAAAAUGCACAACCCGUACCCCACUAUACAGAGAGUGACAACCCUCACUACCUGAGGAGUUUGAUAAAGUGAUGCCUUUGCAUGGAUUGUUUACUCUCUCUCUCUCUCUCUCUCUCUCUCUCUCUCUCUCUCUCUCUGUCUCUGUCUCUCCCUCACUUUCCCUCUUCCUCUCUCUGCUUUUCCUCUCCUCCUGUUUGUCUCUCCCUUUGUCUGUCUGUCUUUCUUUGUGUUCGUAUUCAGUGGAACAUAAAGGACUGCAUCUUAUAAAAAUGAUAUGAGAUAAACGUGUGUUAGGAUUAUUUCUUAGUAACUGCUGGUGAAUAAAUGAAUUUCAUGUUGUUUUUAUACUUUUAAAACUUCACCAAUGUGUACAUUUUCUUUCAUGAAAUGCAAUUAUGAAUGCAUAUGGUUCCCAAGCUGACAUUCAGGAGGAGUGCCGGCCUGAUCUGCUGUUCUUAAAUCCUGAAGGUCACAUGACAAGGCACUGCAUGAAAAAACCAGCAGCUGACAUGUCUAUAGAGAUCAUUCUGUGCCACAAACAGUUCCAUGUUUGGUGGGUUUUUGGUAUUUGCUUCCUAUCCUCAUACAAUGAAUAAAGACAACACACUCCACACAAUCAUGAAAAUCACUAUGUUCUCUGAAGUGAGUGUUGGCAUCUCAGCUAACAGUAUCCUGUUUUUUGCUCACCUGUGCAUGCUCCUUGGAGAGAACAGGCCUAAACCCUUUCAUCUCUACAUUGUGUCUUUGUCCCUAACACAACUAAUACUGCUUAUAACUAUGGGACUCAUAGCUGUGGACAUGUUUAUGUCUUGGGGGAGGUGGGACUCUACCCCAUGCCAGUCCCUUAUCUAUUUGCACAGGCUUUUGAGGGGUUUUACCCUCUGUGCUGCCUGUCUGCUGAAUGUCUUUUGGAUGAUCACUCUUAGCCCUAGAAGCUCCUGUUUAUCAAAGUUUAAACAUAACUCUCCCCAUCACAUCUCAGGUGCCUUUCUUUUCCUUUGUGUUCUCUAUAUGUCUUUUAGCAGUCACCUCUUAGUAUCAAUUAUUGCUACCCCCAAUUUAACCUCAAAUAUUUUUAUGUAUGUUACUCAGUCCUGCUCACUUCUACCCAUGAGUUACUCCAGAACAAGCACGUUUUCCACAACAAUCGCCAUCAGGGAAGCUUUUCUUAUCAGUCUCAUGGCCCUGUCCAGUGGGUUUAUGGUGACUCUCCUAUGGAGACACAAGAAGCAGGCCCAGCAUCUUCACAGCACCAGCCUUUCUUCAAAGGCAUCUCCAGAACGAAGGGCUACCAGAACCAUCCUGCUGCUCAUGAGCUUCUUUGUGGUUCUCUACAUUUUAGAAAAUGUUGUCUUCUACUCAAGGAUGAAGUUCAAGGAUGGGUCAAUGUUCUACUGUGUCCAAAUUAUUGUGUCCCAUAGCUAUGCCACCAUCAGCCCUUUUGUGUUUAUUUGCACUGAAAAGCAUAUGACUAAGAUUUUGAGGUCAGUGUGUACCAGAAUAAUAAAUAUUUGAUUUUUCAGUGAUGGGUAUGAACACUGAAUAUAAUCCCCUAAUUUGUCAUCAGAGGUUUGGAUCAUGACAUAUCUAGAACAUUCUGGGCUUAAAUUGAUAUAUGAAAAUUUCUGUUUUUCCUGUUAAAUCUGUUUCCUUUGUGUGUGGAUGACAAGUAUAUAAAGGGAAAUUAAACAGGAUGCCCUCUCAGA